GGCCCGGAGCCGAACGGCGGCGGACCCAGAGCGGCCGCGGUGGAGGCUCGGCCCCCGCCCCGCUCGGCCCCGCCAUGGCCCGGGACCCGGCCUUCGUGCUGCGCUACCUGGCCGAAGUGGAGGAGCUGGCCGAGGACGUGCUAGCGGCACGGCAGCAGAUCGUGGACCUGGACGUGAAGCGGAACCGCAACCGCGAGGCCCUGCGGGCGCUGCAUAAGGACCCGGAGCCUGACGACAAGGCCAUGGUUUGCUUCGGGAACAUGUUCAUCGAGCUGCCGAAGGCGAAGACCCGGGAGAUGCUGCAACAGGAUCAGCAAGAGCUGGAUGAGGAGAUAAACAAUCUCCGGAAAGAGCUGCGGGUGAAGGUCAACCGGCUCUAUGAAGCUCAAGGUAAACCUGAGCUGAAGGGGUUUAACCUGAAUCCCAUGUCUGCUGAGGAAAUGAAGCUCAUCAACCGCAUCCUGGAGGGCUGAGGUGGCCGUGCCAUUGCCACAGCGUGUUUGGCUGUCACUGUGGGCUCAUGUUUCAAUAGCCACAGUCCUUGGGGUUUGCAGGACAUUGGUGUGUCCAGAGCCCACCCAGCUGAGGUGGCUCCUCGGCUACAACUCUGCAGUUUCUUUGGAUCACAAACCCUGCUCUGUGCUGGACCUCAGGUGGCAGAGCUGUGAUGGACAGAGCACUGGGGGUUGGAAAGGCCCAUGGCUGGGGUGGAAGUGGGAUCAUUAAAAUCAGAGCAGUGGGACAUUCCUGA